CAAGAUGUUUCCAAGUACAAAUAAAGUGCCGUUUUUGACGACAAGAACACCAAAGCGUUGUCCAUUUGGUUUUAUUGAUGGAAAUCAAAUACGUUCAGUGGAGAGACCUACGAAACAGCCUACUGAAGUGCCUAAAUCACAAACUCCUCUACCAGAUACAUUGUCAUUGGUAAUUAGUACUCCAAAAGUAGAGUUGCCUAAACCGAUUGUGUCUGUAUGUGAAGAGUCUGCAGUUGAGGCUGGUGCUCUGACAGAUAGUCAGUAUUUGACAAAUAAAUGUGAUUGGCCUGAUAAAAUGCCUUCAGAUGUGGAAAUAUCAUUGUAUGUCAAAAAUAUAAUUGAGAAUGCUCUCAAAACUCUCCAAGAUGAGCAAAUAGGUCGCUUGGCUGAUGUUGUAUUGUCCUCCGAGAAAUGUGACAGCGCUACUAACAAAUGUAGUGAGCUCACCAAUGGAAACCAUCAAGUGUUACAAAAUACAUCAUACUGUACAUCCUCGCUGCGAGUUACCAGUGAAGAUAGUGGUGCUUGCACAACAUCUGUUGGACCUACAUCCUCGCUGCGAGUUGACAAAGUUACACGCAAAGAUUGUGGUACAUGCACAACACCUCUUGCUGCUCCAAUUCUUUGUGAUGCCGAGAGCAAUACACAGACACAAGCCGAAUUUUAUGAAGCUUCAUCAUCAACAAUGACUACACCAACACUGAGAAGAGACAUCGAUCAAGGCUGUAGUCCAAUAAAACCAGAUAUGAUAGAUUCGGCUUCAUCUCCACAAGCACCUCCAAGUUCUUCUAUAUCAACAAUGACUACACCUAAAAAGCAUUUCAAUAUUGAGACUAUGGACUUUGCCAUGUACACCAGCCUAGGACCAACACUUGUUGAUGCAAGCACCGACACAUCACCAGUUGCAUCAAGAGAGAUAGAAACUAUGGUGACGCCCAAAUCCGUGGUUUCUGUGGCGGCUUCCCCGAUACCGAUUGAUAAAAAAGAUGUGUGUUUAGGGAUGACACCGAUGAGAGGUGUGGACGAGGAGACCUCUAUCACGCCUGCUUGUACUCCCAUCAAUUCUGAAACCAUGACAACGCCACUUGUUGUGCCACCAGUAUUUUCCAUGGAUGACUAUACUGCUGGUAAAUCCAAUAAGUUAUUAGAUAAUUUAGAGAGUACUACAAUCAGAAAUGAACUUUUGAGGAAAGAAAACAACGAGCUGAAAAAAGCCAAGUCUUCUCUCAGUGUGGAUUUGACUUGUAUUAAAGUAGAACUAUCUGAACAAAUGGAUAAGAUUAGAAAGGUGAAAGAAGAAACCAGAAAUGAGAUGCAAAAAGAAAUAGAUACUAUCUUGGCACAAAACGGAGAUCAGAUGAAUGAAAUUGGAAAGCUGUCUUCUGUAAUAACACAGAAAAAUGAAGAAAUAGCUGCUUUGGAAGAGCAGCAAAAGACUGACAAACGACUUUAUCAGGAAGAAAUACAUAAUUUCCAAAUUGAUUUGAAAACUAUCUAUAAACAACACAAGGAUGAGAUAUCUGCACUGAAGUUGGAUAAUGCUUUAUUACAUCAUUACAAAGAGGCUUGCAAAAAAAUUGAUCUCCUUGAAGAAGAGGUCGACAAGCAUGUAAGACAUGCACAAGUGCUUGAAAGAAAAAAAGCACUAAUGACUACUAAAAAAUCAGAGCUUGCGACAUUGACUGAACAUUUGAAAAAACAGGCUACUAUCAUCGAACAAAACAAUGUUUAUCUCUGUGAAAAGGAUGCAUCUUUACGAAUGAGGGAGGAAAAUGUGAGUGAACGUGAGAAGAAAGUCUUUGUUGCUGAAUCUGAAACUCGUGAGUUACAAAAAGAGGCAUUGGAAGCUAUUAAAGCAAAGAAAAGCCUGCAACUUCAGUAUGAAGAUUUAAUGCUACAGUUGCAUGAAUCAACUGCUCAGAUCGCAGAUAUUGUGUCUGAUGUCAACAACUAUAAGGAAGAGAUUCUGACUUUGACGUUAGAGCUGGAGAAGAGUCAUAAAGAGAAUUCUGAAUUGAAAGAAGAAAACCAGAAAGUGUUAUUAGAGGGUGAGGUAAUAGAAGGAGCUUUGAAACUCCAAGAAGAAGAGAUUAUUAAACAGAAAAAAAGAGCAGAAGAUGCUGAAAACAAGAUGGUGGUUUUAAACGGCGAGAUUGAGAAAGAAUGUCGGCAAGCUUUUGAUGAUUUAAAUUCUAUGAUGGAUAGAAUAAAUGUCCUGAAGAAGGAGAAUGAGCAAAAGGAUGCUGUGAUCAGAAAACAGGCAGACGAAAUUCAACAAAACUCUCACUUCAAAGUUCUGUGUUCUACACUUGAAGAGCAACUGCAGAAUAUCCAAUCCCAGUUUGCUGAGAAUAAAGACUUCAUGGAGCAGGAACACCGAACAAUAGCAGAAUCUCUUCAAGAAACUGAAGACAAUCUAAAGGUAGAACAUCUGGAGCUGUCGCAGAAAAAUGUCUUGUUAGAGGAAAAGUUGGAAGAGUGUCGACAGUUGAAGGAUACAGUCGAAAAGAUUGGUUCCGAACUUGAUGAAUGUCAAACUGAACUUGACAACACGAAAGCACAGGCUCAGUGGAUGAUAUAUAAACGAAGCUAUGAGAUCAGUGCAGCUAGCCAAGUGGUUGUUGCUCUCAGGGAGGACAUCUACAGCAUGUUAGAGUUUCUAAGAGGCAAGCUUGGCACAUCUCAGGAUGAGGUUAGCAAGAAUUCAAAACAUCAAGAUCAGCCACAAGGCUCUGUAUCCAGUCUGGUUUCAUCAGUACUGAAUGCUGUCCGAUCAAACAAUGAUAUUUCAACUGGUGAUCCCGAUAAACGUCCUACCCUCAGUGGUUCUGACAGCAGUGCUUUCCAUACUAUACAGUCUACACCUGAUCAGCCUGCUGAUUGUUCCACAGAUCCUGAGAAUACUGCAGAGUCUGCGAAAAAACAAGAUGCUACGCUAGGUGAUCAGUUAGUGGGGAUUAGGGAUAUGCUGACUGAUGUCUGUCGAUUGGUGCAAGUGUUAGAAUCAGCAGGGUGUAAUACCAUCAAGGAGCUCAAAGAAACUACAGCAUUACUGACAAGCAACAUGGAGAGAUUAAAAGAACGAUACAACUUUGAUAUUGAACUUGUCAAAGAUCAGCUGAGAGAGAGCGAGAGUAGAGAAAAAAAAAUGCAGCAUGACUUAAAGAAUAAAAGAAGUGAAUUAUUUGAGAAAGAGCAGGCUUUGGAUUACGCAAAUAAAAAAAUAGCAGAGCUAGCUGCUAAUUUGUCACGAUUCCCUGACCAGCAGUCGCACAUACAGGUUCAACGAUUGAAGUUGAGUAUCUUAGAAAAAGAUGAAUACUAUCAAGCACAGAGCACUACAGCUACUAGACAUGCAACAACAUUAAGAGAGAACUGGAAACGCGCAGAAGCAGAAAUCUUUAAACUGGAUGAAAUGAUAGAGGUUGUUCGCAAAACAUUGGAGCAAGAAUCAGAUGUUGUACAACGCUUUCCUAAACUGAUAGAACUUGCACAGUAUGUUGAAGGAAAAGACAGUUAAGACCAUGAUGUGGAUGAAGCCGUCUUUAUAUACAGUGCAUAGUUUUUGAAUCACUGCCAGUGAAAUAUUUACCAGUAUUUAUAUAUAAGUCAGUCAUUGAGUACAGCCAAUGAUUUCUGAAAUCUACGGUGAUUUUGAGAAUAAUAAAAUGUUCUUCUUACAUCAUUACCUCACCAAUCAAAAUAUGUCUAUUCAUCAGGUGCCCUGAAGAAAUAUUUUGUAUAUAAAUAAAUUUGCAUAUUAAUUACUAUUUU